UUAGUACUAGUCGAAGUCACCGAUCGAUUAUUAUAGAAAUCAAUUAACACCAGACUAAACACAUAGGCCUAAAAACUAUUAUCUUUAAUCUUGAUUACAUAGUAUCGGUUGAAAAUGUGAUGCUAUAGCCGAUCCUUUUAAUCGAUACUAUUGAAGACUAUUUGUGCAGUAGUUGACCGAGGGCUCGGUCGUUUUGGUGUCGCUCUUCUUCUACUGCCAACGGUGUUCGUUGUUCCCUUCGCGCGGCUCUUGUAUUUCUCGCCCGUUGCUCCUCGUCCCAGCCGGGAGCCAUACUCCUCGCCUCCUCCUAAUAAUCUCUGUCCAGAGCUGAAGAUCGAAGCCCGAGGACCGAGGUGGACCAGGCUGCUGAGUUUCCAUCCAAGCCGGCGCGACAGGACAUUGCGAUCAAAACAUGUGGGCGACAAAGAAGCUCGCCACGACGGCCCUGCUCGUGCUCACCUCUCUGCUGGCUGCACGGUAUCUGAUAGAGCACACCGCGAGCUCAGGGAUGUCGUCUCGGUACCAGAUCCUGCAUCUGGUUCACCACCUCGAGUGGCUCAAGAGCCCAGCGGACGCGAAAGAAACCAGUCCGGGAGUCGUCAUCACAACGGCAGCUUCUUCAAACACCUCCUCGGAGCCGGAGGACUCUGCUAGUAAAAACUCCUCCGCCGCCGCUCAAGUGUUUCCGUGGCUAGACACGUGGAGCCAGAUGACGCGGCUAGCCGACAUCGCCAGCGGCCUUCCGCACGCGACCGAGGCGGUGGACGACGGGAGGACUGCGUGGGAAAACCUGACAGCAUCCGUCCACGUUCACCAGAGGCAGCGGCGGCGACUCUGCCCGUACUCGGUCCGCGACACUCCGUCCAACAAACCCGAGAGCGGCGGCGGCGGCGGCGCCUUCACCGUCGGCGUACCCUGUGGGCUGACCGUAGGCUCCUCGGCGACCCUUAUAGGCACCCCUGGACUCCUCUCCGGCAACUUCUGGAUCGAACUCGUCGGGACGACGACAGCGCUUCCGGCGGGGGAGACCGAAACGCCUGCCGUCCCGCUGCACUACGGCGUGCGUCUAACCGGCGACGACGGAGCCACCAGAGAUCGUCCGCCGGUCCUAGUGCAGAACGCCUUCAGCGCGAGCAGCGGGUGGGGCGCCGAGGCUCGCUGUAGUUGUACUCCCGGCAAUGCGGCAGCUGAAGGUGCUCCUCCUGCUGCAGUAGUAGACGGUCUAGAGAGAUGCGAUGCCAUGGCGGACCGGGAGGAGGAGGAGGACAAGAAGCACAAGCACCUGCACGGAGGGUGUUUCCCGUUUAAGCAGGGAUACCUUGCUAUUGCGACACUGCGCGUCGGAUGGGAGGGCUUCCAUAUGACAGUCGACGGGAAACACGUCACUUCAUUUGCGUAUCGAGCGGGCUUGGAGCCAUGGUAUGUGACCCAAGUAAGAAUCUCUGGUGACUUCAAGCUUGCAAGUGCGAUUCUAAGCGGCUUGCCCACGUCAGAAGACCUGGAGAACCCUAACCUCGAAUCGCUCAAGGCGCCACCUGUCCCAAACGACAGAGACGUCGACCUUCUGAUCGGCGUCUUCUCAACGGCGAACAACUUCAAGCGUAGGAUGGCCAUUCGAAGAACAUGGAUGCAAUAUGACGCUGUGCGCCAAGGGGCGGUUGCAGUACGGUUUUUCGUUGGCCUGCAUACGAACCUCAUGGUGAACGAGGAACUCUGGAACGAGGCACGCACGUACGGUGACAUCCAGGUGUUGCGCUUCGUUGAUUACUACGGCCUGAUAACAUGGAAGACGCUAGCGAUCUGCAUCUAUGGGACCAGUGUACUGCCAGCCAAGUAUCUAAUGAAAACAGACGAUGAUGCUUUUGUCCGCGUAGAUGAGAUCCACUCCACGGUGAAGCAGCUUAAUGUCAGCCGUGGCCUACUUUACGGUCGCAUAAAUUCCGAUUCUGGUCCCCACAGAAAUCCCGAAAGCAAAUGGUACAUAAGCCAAGAGGAAUGGCCUGAAGAUAAAUACCCACCAUGGGCUCAUGGACCAGGAUAUGUAGUUUCACAAGACAUUGCAAGGACAAUCAACAAUUGGUAUAAGGCAAGUCGUUUAAAGAUGUUCAAACUAGAGGAUGUAGCAAUGGGCAUAUGGGUAAAUGAAAUGAAGAAAGGUGGAUUACCAGUGAAAUAUGAAACAGACAAGAGAAUUAACAUCGACGGCUGCCAUGAUGGGUACAUUAUUGCUCACUACCAAGAACCAAGACAUCUGCUAUGCCUGUGGGAGAAGCUCCUAACGACACAUCAAGCAGAAUGCUGUAGCACUAAGUAAUAGAAAAGGAACUUCAAUGCUUAGAUCUUGGCCCGGUUUAUGUAUCAGGUCACUUGCUAACCUUGCGAUGACAAUUGACAACAAAGAAGCCUCUAACAUCUUCUUUUUCUGGUGCACAGCACUAAUGUAAACUAAAUUCAAUGAAUUACAUAGAUAAAGUUAGUUCACCUCA